ACAAAACAAUUCAAAGAUUCCUUCUUUUAUUCUGGUGAAAACCCAACUGUUACCAAGAGACAGGAGAAUCUUUUUUGGUAGAGCCUUGUUCUCUCAGCACAUUUUCUUUAGCUUUUCAUGGAAUGCUUUAAAUCUUACAAGAUCUAAUAUUUCAGGAGUUUUUGAAGAGUUUAUUAAGGGCAGUCUGUUUCAGAAGAGAGGGAUUUCGGGGGGGUAAGAAGGAGAUUGAAUGGUGAGAUUUGAUGUUGUAUAUGUUUGCUCGGAAUGGGACGAAGUUUUCUAUGCAGACGUGUGAGUAUAAGAAAUGAAUUUUUCAUAGAGUAAGGAAACUAAAAAUAUUAGUUACCUACAUGUAAACCUUAAAGGACCUUCACUGAGUUGUGCAACUACUAGUACUAGUUGGGGUAUUGUAUUGUUGUGUAUAUGUGCAUGCUUUGUGUGUUUUGCUCAGUAAAGGCAGGUUGCAGGCAGUACUAGAUUUAGGAAUUGAGUUUCUUUGGUGAUAUAAAUCUUUUUCUUUCGCGAUGGAUCACUUUAUUGUUUAGAGACAAGAAAAUGGUGCAUUGGAUUUUGAAAUAUUGAUUUUUUUUUCUUAAACAAUUUUUGAUUAUUGGAUAUUUUGACUGUGUUUGAUGGUUAUUUUAAAAUGCAAAUUAUAUUAGAAAGUGUUUAAAGUUUUAUCUGAGGUGUUUUGGCCUACAUAACUCUCAUUUAACUGUGUUGGAAAUCAACAGAAUUAUUUUUUGUAUAGAACACGGUUAAAAGGAGCAAUGCCUUCUCAUUAUACUCAGCAGGCACUAACAGUUCUAAGCCUGUUUGGUGUCUUGUCUGCCAUCAUGGCCUCGCUUUCAGUCAUACUGAUCUUUCAGGUUCAGAACUCAGUAAGACAGGGGGAGCUUGGGGCGGGUUUGGGCCCAGGAGCAAGUAGGUUCUUGCUGCCAGCUUCUGCUGUCUUGGCUGCUCUGUGUCUUGCUCUCAAUGCCAGUUGCCUUCUGCUCUGUCUACUUCAUUCGUACUUCACCGCUGAGGUUGGUAGAAAUGACCCUGAGUCUGGAAGGGGUGACUGGUUCCUGUUGGAUAACCGCAGUGUUAGGCAAUCUGCAAUCUGUCUGUUCUGCCUUGGAAUUGCUGUGUAUUUAGCAGCUGUGUCUCUCUACAUGCUGAUAUUGUUUGAAAUAGAGACGGGGAUAGCCAGCUCCUGUAUUUUAACUUCAAGCGCUAUUUUUAUGACAGUCGUGGUUGUACAUACUCUACACAAAGCCUCCCAGGCAACCCGCCAAAGCCAUGAUCAGCUAAACAGCACCCUCUAUGAAAAUGAUUCUGCCCAUGGCGGAGAACUUACAGACUCGGCUCCAUCCAGCGACCUUAACAACAGCAAAGAGCUCUCCCCUGUGCGUCCCCGUCCUGAGAUCCACCGUGAGUUUUCCUAUCCACCUUUUCUUCAACAGCAGCAGAAAGUGCAGUCACUUUCACCUCCACACAGCAACAUGACUGUGAUAAGCCAGGGGGGGCAUCCCAUUAAAAACAAUGGAGCUGAGAGUUACAUCAUACCCAGGAUGCAUCGAACAUUAUCUGUAGAAUCUGGACUUAUGCAGCCAAACUCCAAACCCUGGAAUGGACUAACUCAGGAGAUGAGAAACGUGGUACCAAGAAAACCAGGAGUAGUGGGAAAAGAUUCAACACUGGUAUAAACGCUGAAACCAAGUAAAUGUAACAAGCCGAUAUACACAAACCAGAUAAAGUGACUCUGAAAGACGCUAUGCUGUUACCAGCACAUUUUAGAGUUUUCUCAAGUGCAUAGCAAUGUGAGUUUAUGAUAUUUUUUACAUGGCCUUAAACAUGCAACGGAAUGUGUAAAAUCAGAUCAGAAGUUAGAACAAUAUUUGUAAAUGAUGUGGUGGGAGAAAAUGUGUGCAAACCACUUUACAAUUCAUAUGAUAGUUUACAGAAAAAAUAUUAUGGGGUAAAAGUAUUACUAGGUAAAAAGAAAUCACUGAGGACAGAAGUAAAUUAGAGAUCAUAUGAUUUUCAGUGGCAGUAACAUAACCUCCAGAGAUGACUUUUUUGGGAGCCACAUAGGGUGCAUUUACCUUUCUCUCUAGCAUAACUGCCCCUACUUUGCUCAUAGCAAAACAGUAUUAUGUUUUAUCUCCAGGCACAAAAAUGCAACUAAAAAGAGGCCUAUAGUAGAAAACACCAUAUGUCAAUACAAUCAUGUAUUAAUGAUUAAAAUAAAAAAAAAAAUAAUACUUCUUGUGACUUUUUUCCAGACAUGCUGUAAGGCUUUUUCACCUAAUUAAACCUAUUGCCCUGCCAUUUUCAUUCUUGAAAGAUAGAAUUGAUAGCUUUAUUACCUGCAGCACUAAAGUGUCACUUUAAGGCAAAUAUUUUCAAGGGCUGCACGUGCUCUUAUAUUAUAUGAAUACUUGGCAUUAUUAUCAGAUGGAAGAGCAGUACAAAACUUUCACUAAAAAGGAAUUAUGUCAGAAAUAGCAACAGGUAAAAAAAGGUUAAUUUGAUUGAGAUAUUACAUUGCAGAAUACAGAUGCAUUUAGAAGCCAGGAGAGCUCUGCCCUUCCCAGCCAUUACGUCUUUUUAUAGUAUAGUUUAAGGUCAUUAUCAAAGUAUAAUCCUUAUCAGACUUGCUAUGGAUGACAUCAUCUAAUUAUUAUUUAAUUUAGUACAAAAAAAACAUGCAUAUUUCACCAUUACAAUCCCCAGGGCGACCUUUGCUUGAUUUUGCUUAAUUCUCCUUUUUAAAGCAAUUUUUUAAUAUAAAAAUGCUGAUCCUUGUAGCCUUAUGCUGCCAAAUUCACUGUUAUAAUUGUAAAAUUAUGGAAAAUGGACACGUCCUUAAAUAGGCAUAUGCUGUUUAUGUAUAUUCUUAUGGUGACAUCUAAACCUAGGUACAUUUUGAAUGACCAGUGCCAACAAAUUCACAUUUUAUAUGUAAUUGAUAUUGGUAUUGUGCAGGAAUAGAGAAACAAUAAAGCAAAAUAUAGGUGAGAGUA